GAUUGUCCUGUGGAAACUCCUUCCACUAGAAUCCUAUGAAGAACUCGGACUCGUAAGUAUUUUCGACCAACGUGUAGCGCGACACGUCGAAGUGGUCCGGAAGAUCUCUGCUGCUCUCAAAUUUGCAGACUGCGAUCACUCGUUUAUCGAGUCGGAAUCCGGUUUGGGGAUUCCAGCCCUGCUGAUCAAGGCGCAUGUGAAAGAGUGGGGAGGACUUUUCAAGCAGGAGCUGAUCGCGAACUACCGGCCGG